AUGCUCGCGGAGCCCAUGACCGCGGCGUCGCGCUCCGGGACGACCUCGAUGGACCUGGGCGGGUCCAUGCUUCCGGGCACCGUGGACGAGCCGACGCAGGCGGGCCUCGUGCCGGAAUGCGAUCUCCCGGACAAGAAGAAGGCUGAGGGCGCGGCGCAGCCGGCGGACACGCAGCACUCGUCCAGCGCGGAGGCUCGCCCGCCUUGCAUUGACGCGGAAGGCUCCUCGCGCGGCAGGGCGAGCGGGCGUUUCGCGCCGCCCGCUCCGCGCGACGGGGACGCGCGCCCCGGAACUAUGCCGGCGGGGAUCGAGAAGCUGCCGGACGCGAAGGAGGAGGGCGGCGCGCGCGGCAUGGCCAGCGGCGACGGGGGCGCGAGCAACUGGCACCGCGCGCAGAGUCGCGGCAGGAGCGAGAACGGGCGCGUCCCGAACGGCUUUGUGGCGACGGGCGCGGGCGGCGCGGCUGCGGGGCCGUCGCGGCCCGGAGAACUCCCCGCGCGAAGCAGGCAGGCAUUCACGGACGAGGAACUGAGGUCGGUGAUGAUUAGAUGGAAGUCGCAGGCUCGCAGUAAUCCUGCGCCUGCACAGAGAGCGGCGCGGCGGCCGCGGAGCCUCUCCGCGUCGCUCGCAGCGGGCCCGCAGCCCGGAGAGACCUUGGCGAGGCGGCUGGUCGAAGGGAUUCGAGAGGCGAGCGCGUGCGGCGCGGAGCUCGAACCCUACGUCCCGGUCGCACAGCUCAAGGCCGUGUGGCAGCGGAACGAAGCGAAGAAGAAGAAAGAGACGGCGCGCGAGAGGAAGGAGCGGCUGCGGAAGAUCAAGGAAGCCAUGCGCACGUACCUCACCGCCGCUGCAGGCGCCAAGGCGGCCGAGAACGCGCAGGCGCUCGGCAUCGCAACGGUCAAGUCGGUCGGGGGGACUGGCACCCGGCGUUCGCUGACGCUCGACGCGAGCGCUGCUCUCACACGCAAGUCGAUCGACGCCGGGAGCGACGACGUCCGGCGCUCCUUCGCGCGCCGCCGCCGCUCGUCCGUCGAGGACCCCACCCGGCCAGCCGCGCCUUCCAACCUCUCGCGCUCGAGCGUCGAAGGCGGCCGCCCGUUCGCGCGCAUGCAGUCCACGCAGUCGCGCAACAGCGCGUCGGUGGAGCUGGCGCGGCAGCCGAGCGCCGCGCUGACCGCGACCGCGACGUCCACGGCGGCGGGGAUGCGCCCUGAGGCUGGCUCAACCUUCAUCUCGGCGGCGCCCUCCAUGACCGGAACCAACCAGUCCCUUUGGCAACUCGACUCGGGUUUCCCCGGCGCGGGCGGCGGCGGGCCCGGCGGGCUCGCGCGCAUGCGCUCGGACGCGAACACGGAGAUCGGGAUGAUGGAGGACUUCGGCAUUUCGAAGCGCGGGAAGAGGAAAGGCGGGGGGCGGAACUGGGCGGACUUGCCUGGGCCGGGGCGCAGCCGGGAGACGGUGGCGCGGACGCUGCAGCAGGUGGCGUACCAGGACAGGUGGGCGUGGGGGCGGCUGGUGGAGUUCGGGAAGGCGGGCAAGGGGAAGAAAAAGGGCGCGCGGACGUCGGUGGACGAGCGGUCGAGCGUCACGGAGCUCACGACGCGCAAGAGCAUCGGCGGGAAGCUCCUCAGCAAAGCCACGGAGCUCCUCAAGGGCCGGGACUCCACCAACUCCCCCCCCGCCUCGGCCGCGGGCGCAGACUCCCCCCCGACGAGCACGCGCGGCAACAACUCGGGCCGCUUCGACUCCCCCUCCCACCCGCCCCUCGCCCCCGUCGACUCCGGCCCGAAGGCAACCUCCCCCGCGGCCGCGGCUGGCCCGAUCGGCCGGCCCGGCGCGCCCGCCGCCGGAGCGGUCCCGUCGCGCACGUCCCGGUUCUCUUCCCACAUGGAAGGCCCGCUCGGUACCAGGACCUCGCAGUCCGGCCUCAACAGCGGCCGCGGCGGCGCCCUCCGCACGGGGCUGCCGCCCCCCGCGCCCGCGGGGGCGAUGUCGAACCGCCGCAGCUGGACGGGCGACGUGCCCCGGUCGCCGCUGAGCAGCGGGCACGGCAUGAAGUCGCCCGGGAGCCCGAGCGUCGACGCGCGGGUCGCGGCGAUCAAGGAGACGGCCGGGGGGCCGAAGCCGCGGCGGCUGUCGCUGAUGCUGUCGCGCGCGUUUGGGUCGCAGGAGGAGGGCGGCUCGCGGACGUCGCGGGCGCAGCCGGCGGCGGUGGGCGCGGAGGCGAUUGCGCAGGCGCGGCAGUUCCCGCCGGGCCUCGUGGAGCACCCUCGUUUGCACGUGGAACCGCAAUUGCACAUUGAUAUGUUCAAACACAUGGUUCCGGUCGAGGAGGGCAACAUCGUGACCGUGUACAGCGCGGUGUUCCGGCUGCGCCGACAGCUGGUGCUGAUGCGCGCGUACCGCGUGCGGCAGCUCACGCCCAAGCAGGUCCAGCGCGUCGGUCGAGAAAUCGCCUUUCUGGAGCGCCUACACAACCAUGGUAUUUGCGGGUACGUCGGGGCGUUCGAGGACAAGGGCGUGGUGUACGUGGUGACGCAGGGGCACAGCCAGACGGACGUGCUGCGCGCGGCGUUCCUCGACUGCGAGCAGUGCGGGCAUAUGGAGGAGCAGCAGCUCGCGCGAAGGGUCGUGUUUCCGCUGCUGCGAACGCUCGACUGGCUCCACCAGCGCGGCAUCAUCCACCGCGCCGUCCGUGCGGAGAACCUGCUCGAGAAGCCCAACGGGACGAUGCGGCUCACGAACUUUUUCCACGCUAUUGACACCACCACGGAUCGCGCGACGUCCUUCACGGGCGCCCUCGACUACAUGCCGCCGGAGAUGCUGCUGUCGCAGAUCAACGGGGCCCUCGACGGCGAGACCGUGUCGCCGAAGGAGUCGCUCAACGUCUCGAGCGCAUUCAGCAGCGGCGAGCUGGAAACGGCGGGUUCGAAGCCGGUGAUGCGGUUCAAGACGAAGCGCACGCUCCUCGCGGAGGACAAGAAGGAAGAUGCGAUCCACGCGGAGCUGCACGCCACGGGCUCGAAGCAGCAUCUGCUGGCCAACGCCACCGCCAGCAACGUCCACGACGCGGGCGGCCGCGCGCCCUUCUUCCAGCGCCUCUUCGGCUGCUUCGGCAAGGACGGCACCGCACCACACGCCCACAACAAGAGCCACAACCUCGCGAAACAGGGCACGUUCAGGAAGGGCAACAUUUUGAAGUCGUUGCACUUUGGGCACAAGGGCCGCAACUCCGUGUACCCGGGGCAGCCGGGGCGGCCCGGCGCGGCGGCGCAGACGACCGCGGUGGACAUCUGGCAGCUCGGCGUGCUCGUCUUCGAGCUCCUGCAGGGCCGCACGCCGUUCGAGCUCGACUCGAUGCAGCACACGAUGGCCGCGAUCCUCAUGGGCGACAUCUCGAAGUUCCCGGCGGGGAUGUCUCCGGAGGCGAAGGACUUCGUGCGCGUGUGUUUGAGCAAGGAUCCGCGGAAGCGGCCGACGGCGCGGCAGCUCAUCGAUCACCCGUUUAUCAAGCAUGUUGUCUACAGGGAGAAACAGCACCACCACUUCGGGCACCGGGCGAGCGCGGACAUGGGCUCGGGCGAGGGCGGCGCGGGGGAGGACGCCGCGCUGCAUCGCGAGGUCCUCGAGGACACGAGCUUCCACGACGCGCUGGCUUUGGAGCUGUGGCGCAAGCAGCAGGACGCGGCGCCGCAGCGCACCAGCGCGGUCAGCGACGCGGAGUUCCUGGCCCGGCGGCGGCGCCAUGCUGAGAACAGGAGGAGCACGAGCCUCGCAAGGGGUUCGAUCAAGUCGGGAGUGUUCGCGCGGUCGUCGACGAUGAAGGACAAGCGCAGGGGGGUGUUUGCAUGA